AUGACCCAGGGGGGCAUGCGGUGCAUGUGUAUCCUGGUGGAGACAUUGGACGUGGUCGCCUGCGUCGAGGCAAACCGCCAGCUUGGGGCCCGAGGCCGUCGGACGGCGGGCGCGCUGGGACGGUCAUCGCAGCUGGCUGCCGUGCCACUGGCACCACCUCCGCGGCGACGGCACAAGCGCCAGGUCAAAGCGUCGAUCAACGCGGAGUGCUGCCGAGGACCACGACGGGCACCGUAG